AGACGGUCACACAAAAACAUCAGCAGGAUCCGCAAUAAAUAUGUGAUUAAUUUUGCAAAAACAAAAAUGGAGGAAUCGCCUUACCUGCACAGCCCCUACCAGGUGUCCAUUGUCGCCACCGAUCUCCACCAUGAGGACACCAUAAUCCAAGCAGCCCAGUCCCUGGACUGUCUCCACAAAACAAUAAACUCGAUUUUCGAGCGAAUCGAUGCCCGCUUGGCGAGAAAUGGUUCAAAGGUUGAGGACAUAAGCAAACGUGUUAAGCGCGCCCAGGCAAAAAUCAAUGCGCUUGUUGGCUCCAAGCGGGCCAUCCAGAUCUUUGCACCCGCUCGCUUUCCAGCCAGCGACGUCCUGGCUCCACUGCCGGCCACCUUUCCACAGGUGGUGGAUGAUCCUCUGAUGGAGGAGCAGGUGGAGUUGGAGCAACAGCCACGCCGGCGAUACAGCAGCCACAGUCCCUCGGACCAAAAACAGGAGGAUGCGGAUGUCUUUUUCCACGUACGUGGCGACCGGGAGCACGAGUCACCGCUGGUUGCCGAACGGAAGAUGACCAAUCGCACCGCGGGACUGGGAGCCCUUCCUUUGGCUGGGGUGAAGUCCGUGCCCUCGCUGAUGCGAUUUAAUACCAAUGAGUUCGCCUAUGGCGAUGAUCUGAAUGCCUGGAAGCGUUCCCUGCCGCCGCAGAGUGCCCGCAGAGUGGCCAGUAUGUCCGCAAGGCCCACGGCAGAGAAGCUGCUGGCUCCGGCUCCCCACUCACUGGCGCAUGGAACCACCAAACUGGCCACUCCAGCUGGUGACUUGCGUUAUAACCCUGCUGCCUUGGCUGCACCUGCCAUUGAUGUGCCGCUAGAUCUGCCCGAUCUUCCUGGAAUAGCCAACGAUCUGCAGUAUGAGCCCGUAGAGGAGCAGACACCGAUAGCACCUUCCCAGCAGUUCGGCGAUCUGCCGGAGCUACCAGAUUUGGGCCUGGAGGAGCAGGAGAUCACGGUGCAAGCCAUUGCGGCACAGACGCACAUUCCAGGGCCGUCGAGGAAAACGGGUCUGGGACAGUGUCCAUCGCCUGUUACGUCGCCACCACCACCUCCACCUCCACCGCCGCCGCCACCUCCUCCACCAGAGCAGGUCCAGAGGAUUCCAUCGCCGCCACCGUUUCCCACCAAGGGAGCUGUGAAACCGCUCUCUCCCUCGAUUUCCACGCCCCUCAACAUGCCGAAGCCCCCUGCUCCUACUGAAGAUCCGAGAUCUGAGCUCAUGGCGGCCAUUCGAAAUGCCGGCGGAGUUCACGGCGGAAGACUCCGUUCGCCUGCGGCUGCUCCUCUCGAUGUGGUGGAUAACACACGCUCCAAGGCGGGCGCCGCUACCACAGGGAAUCUGAUGGCGGAUCUGCACAACAAGCUGAUGCUUCGUCGCAAGGGCAUCUCUGGGAGCCAGAAUCCCGGGGAGGCUACCGCUGGCAAUCCCCUGAUGCAGCAGCUCUCGCGAGUGAUUCCACCGCCAGUCCAGCCGCGUAAGGGAUCUCAAUCCAGCGUGGAAGAGCGCUCCGAGGAGGACGAAGACGUGUGGAACUAAUGAAUGCAGUGGGAACCGAAAUCCCUCUCAUUUAUAUAGCUUUAGCACCGGUUAAUGUGCCUUGGCUGGCUUUAAGCACUAGCUUCUCUAGCUUAAAUUAUACCAAUCUCUAGAAAGAAUUACAAAUUCUAUGCCCAAGCGAGCAUGCCAAAUUAGGUC